AUGAGUGAAAAGAAAUCGCUAAUAUCUGAAAUUUUAACUGAGGCUGAAAUUUUAGAAUUGGGAUUAAAUAGUAGUAUGAUGAAAUAUUGUUCAUGUCCUUUUAUUUUGAAUAAAAAAUAUUUUGUAAAAAUAUGUAUAUCAUAUUUAAUAACAACAUUUUUAUUUUUUUGUGUUUAUAUUACUCUUAUAAUUCUUUUAAUAUAUAGUGGAAAGACAGAAUUAAACAAAUCUAUAUUAUUAAUUAUAUAUGUUUAUAUCUUUAUUUUGUUUUAUAUCGAUUUACUUAUAAGUAAUAAUAUAAAAUAUGAUCUUAUUAAAAAAUAUAAUAUAAAAGAGGUUCGUAAGAGGAUAUAUGACAAGUAUAUUAGCAACUCAAAAAAAAAAACAAACACUAUAAAUAAUGAUAUUAAUAAUAAGAAGAAUAAUAAUGUAGAUGAGGAGAUCCAGAAUAAUAUGGGCUCCAACAAAAAUACAAAUAUAGAUGAUAUAUAUAUAGAUGAUAAUAUAAAUAGAGAUGAUAAUAUAAAUAGAGAUGAUAAUAUAAAUAGAGAUGAUGAUAAUAUAAAUAUUGCUAAUUAUGUAGAUAGUCAUAAUAGUUCAGAUAGUUAUAAGAAUCUAUUUAAUAACAACAAUGUUGAUGAUCAUGAAGAGAAUUUUAAACUUCGUUGUGAUAAAAAAAAAAAAAGAAAAAAAGAAAACACACAAGGAUUAUAUAUCGUAAAAAAAAAAGAAAAAGUGCCCAAAACAAAAAAGGAAAAAAUAUUUUCAAAUGAAAGAUAUUAUAUAACAGAAGAAAAAGAUAUGAACCAAUAUCAUCAUAUUACAAAUAAUGAAAGUAGAUUAACUUUGAAUGAGAAUUUUUAUAAUUAUAAUUUAUAUGAUUUAAAAGAUGUUAAUAAUGUUAUAAAUAUAGAAUUAUUAAAAUAUAUUCAAUAUGAGAAUAAUAAUUAUUCUAUAAAAAAUAAAAAAUAUGAUAUAUUUCUAAUAAUUGCAGGAUUAAUUAAUCAAAUAAAUAUAUUUUUUGAUCUUGUAUUCUUGUUUUAUUUAUAUGAUUAUAGUAUAAAUCUAUUUUUUAUUAGCAUAUUUAUUUAUCUAUAUUAUUUUGUACAUAUAUGUAUUAUUAUAAAAUUAUCUUCAAAUAUCAUCCUUUUAUUAUUUAGGAUAUAUAAAAAAUCAAUGCAUCGUUCAUAUAGAAAAAAAAUUAAAUAUUGUAAAUAUUUAGCGUCCUAUGUGUAUUACAAGAUGAAGAGGGCUUUCGCAUGGAUUUUAAGAAAUAUGAUUGAACUAAGAACCAAUGACAAAAAUAUAAACGAAAGAAAGUCGAAAAUAUUUUUUAGCAAAUAUACAAACUAUAAUAGUUGGAGUAUUUUUUAUAAUGAUAAUUCUUGCUUAACAUGUGAAAUUAAUAGUAUACCUUUAAUAGAUGAAACAGAUUCAGAAUAUGAAGAAAUAUUAAGAAAAAAAAUUUAUAGUCAUAAGACCUCUAGAAAAAAACAUAAACAUAAUCAUGAAUAUGAAAAAGCUCUAUUACCUACACACGUGCAAAUUAUUGCUAACAUGUCAAGCUUUUUAUCUUAUUAUCAUAUUUUAAAUAUUUUAAAAAUGAAAUUUUUAUCUGCCCAUAAUAUUUAUGCGCACAUUACUUUUACAAUAGUAUUCUUUGUUUGGAAACUUCUUUAUACCGAUAUUGUGCUUUGUCUCUUAAAAAUUUUUUUUCUCUUUUAUACUGAAGACGUUUUAUCUAUAACCCUCUUCUUAUUAAUUUCAGUUGUGAAUAUUGUAAAUUCAUAUUUAAUAAAUUUACUCGACCACAAUUUAUUAAACGACAUAAAUAUGUAA